GCUAAUAGACAGAACACAUGACCAUGUUUUAUUAUCUCUCACAACUUGUUCAGCUCCACAUCUGUGCGCGGUGCGUGCUCGUCUGGACCCGGACCCGCACCCGGACCCGGAGCCUCUCCCUGCCGGUCUACUCCUUCAUCUCAACUUUUGGGCUUUUCCUCUGAGAUGGACUUUGCCUGUGAGUCCAGAGCGCAGCGGGGCCCGGUUUAGUUCUAGUCCGGACCGAGAAGCGGUAAUGUUGGCGGUGGGUCCGAUGGACGGGUCCCGACAGAGCGCCUUCCUCCUCAGCACCCCCCCGCUGGCGGCCCUGCACAGCAUGGCCGAGAUGAAGACCCCGCUGUACCCGGCCUACCCGCUCUCCUCCUCCGGACCCACCUGCUCCACCUCCCCGAACCCGGGCGGCGUGGCCGGGUCCUCCUCCCCGGGGAUCAAGAGCUCCUCGGCUCCGUCCUCGGGGCUCAGUUCCCCGCAGCAGUGCUCCUCCGCGACCCCGCACGGGAUCAACGACAUCCUGAGCCGCCCCCCCGCGGCGGGGCUCCUGUCCGGUCUGCCCCGGUUCAGCAGCCUCAGCCCGCCGCCUCACGGACUUUACUUCGGCCCCGGGGGCGCGGCGGUGGCCGUGGCCCGGUACCCGAAGCCCCUCGCGGAGCUGCCGGGCCGGACGCCGAUCUUCUGGCCGGGAGUGAUGCAGAGCCCCCCCCCCUGGAGGGACGCGCGCUUCGCGUGCUCCCCGCAUCAGAACUCCAUCCUGCUGGACAAGGACGGGAAGAGGAAGCACACGCGGCCCACCUUCUCCGGGCAGCAGAUCUUCGCGCUGGAGAAAACCUUCGAGCAGACCAAGUACCUCGCGGGCCCGGAGCGCGCGCGCCUCGCGUACUCCCUGGGCAUGACGGAGAGCCAGGUGAAGGUCUGGUUCCAGAACAGACGGACGAAGUGGAGGAAGAAGCACGCGGCGGAGAUGGCCACCGCCAAGAAGAAGCAGGACUCUGAGACCGAGCGGCUCAAGAGCACUUCGGACAACGAGGACGAGGACGAGGACUACAACAAGCCGCUGGACCCCGACUCCGACGACGAGAAGAUCUCCCAGCUGCUGAAGAAGCACAAGCCGGGCCCGGGGCCCCUGGUGCUGCACACGUCGGAGAACGACAGCGCGUAACCCGGGCGGCGCCUCCUGCUCCUCCUGCUCCUCCUCGGCCUCCCCACUUUAACGGAUCUCACGAACUCUCCACGAGUCGAACGUUUCCACAGAUCCUGUGGUUUCGGUUGCUUUUGUGUCUCUUGUUGACUUCCGGUUGGACCGGAGCUGUAAAUAGAACCGGGAGCCGUGUCCGGUAGAAACGAGUCUUUAAGGUGAAAACAGAUUUUGUACAGACGCGCUGGUCUCAGAUCGGCCGGAACUCUUCCUUCUCCUUUUGGAUUUACAGAUAUUUAACCUUUACCUGGUCCGCGAAGGCCUCUCCCGUCGGCCGUGAACGCACCACACGCACCUGUACAUCCCCUUUUUAUUUAUCGGUCUCAAGUUGUAUGACGGCGGGUUAAUGUAAUGCACUUUUAUUUAAUAAAAACCACGUGAAGCUU